AUUGUAAUCCAGGGCGUCUUGUUCUACUGCCCUCAAACAUGGACGAAUGCCUGCGCAGUGCAUGCCCGGCUCUGUGGCAGAGGCUGCACAGGGACAACAAAACAAAGGUGGACGGCCAGAUAGCAUCGAACCCGGAAGCGCCCUUGCCGCAACCGGCGGCCGAGGAGGAGAGCGGGAGCACAUAUGAAGCAAUGUGGGACUUCCAGGGCCGCAACUCCAAUGAGUUGACCUUUCAGACGGGAGAUGUGUUCAAGGUCCAGCACCGAAGUGAUGACUGGUGGACUGUAUGUAGGCUGGACCCGAGUGGAAGCAAGCUCGAUAGCGGCGUUGUGCCCGGAAACUACCUGAAGAAAACUGAGACCAGUAUGCAGGUGGAACCAUGGAAUUUCGGGACCAUGAACCGCUCAGACGCCAUAAGUCUCCUCAUGGCACCGAGUAACCGACCGGGAGCGUUCCUCAUCCGAUCCAGUGAGAACCAUCUCGGAUACGUUCUCUCAGUGCGUUCGAGCUAUCGAGUGAAACACUUCAAGAUCACCCAAACGUCCGACGGUCUCUUUGACCUGGACGGUAUGCAGCAGUUUACGUCGCUGAGCGAUCUGGUGGCGCACUACUGCAGCAACCGUCUCCGUCUCAGCAACGAGGACACACUGGGGGAACCCUGCAGGCCGAAAGAACCCGUGUCAGAAGUCCAAUUCCCAGAUGAAUUGUGGGAGCUAUCCAAGGAUGAGUUCACCUUGGAGGACAAGUUGGGAAGCGGUUUCUUUGGGGAUGUCUACCGAGGAUGGUGGAAGUCGCGCAUUCGCGUGGCCGUCAAGAUCAUCAAGAACGACUCGGAGGUAAACCACACAGAGUUCCAGAGGGAAGUGCAGAUCCUCAAGCGCCUGCGCCACCGUCACCUCAUCUCGCUUUUUGCCGUCUGUACCGCCUCCACGCCAUAUUACAUCAUCACCGAGCUGAUGGAGAAAGGAAGUCUGCUGGACCUGCUCAGAAGUCCCGAGGGCAAGCAGCAGGAUAUGACAUCGCUGUCGGACAUGGCCGGGCAGGUGGCUGAUGGGAUGUCGUACCUGGAAGAGCAUAAUUUCAUCCAUAGAGACUUGGCGGCCCGGAACGUUCUGGUUGGAGAAGACUACAUCUGCAAGGUGGCCGACUUUGGACUGACCCAAGUCAUCAAGGAGCCAAUCUACUUUGCGUACCAGAAAGCCACCCCACACAAAUGGAGCGCGCCGGAGGCCAUCAAACAGAGGAAAGUUUCCAUCAAGUCAGACGUGUGGUCCUUCGGCGUGCUGCUCUACGAGAUGGUCACCUACGGAGGUGUGCCCUACCCAGGUCUAAGCGGGCAGGAAGCGGACAAGCUGGUGAGCGAAGGCUACAGAAUGCCAGCACCUCCUGGUUGUCCGCCAUUCCUCUACGAAAUGAUGUCCAAAUGCUGGAAUAGCGAUCCCGAGCAGCGGCCCUCAUUCUGGCAACUGAAGGAGCAAAUGUACAACAUCUACGAUGGGAGUCUCUCGGCACAUACAGACAAAGAAGCGCCUACAACACCUACAGACACUUAACAGGCUUCCAUAAACCGAAAAUGACUUUUGGCGAGAGAAGCAGGAUACGGCAAGAUUGGUCGCCAUCCAAUCGCUGGGUGCAUUUUAUUAACAAUCAAGCAUUCACACA